AUGCUGAGCCCUACUUUUACUCUGGAGGAUGUUGGAUAUCUCUUAUAUACCUAUGCCUCCAUCUUCAUCAUUAUCCUAAUUAUCUGGCAAGUGAAAAGGAAUUACAAUGGAUUGAAGGUGGAACCUAAAAAGAGCUGCUGCCGGCGUCACCGGAAAGACAGGCAAAGGGCUAGAGAUGCAGCAUUAAGAGCUAGGAGAACUUCCCAGGAAGAAGCUGAGAAGCCACAGGAGCUGCUCUCUGCCAUGAAAAGCCAGGGCUGGCUUCCUCAGGAGGGAAGUGUGCGGCGGCUCCUGUGUGCAGAUCCCUGCUGCCAAACCUGCAAUGCUGUGGCUCUGGAGAUUCAGCAAUUGCUGGUGGGUGAGAACAACCAGAUCUCUCCCACUUUAUCUGGGCAAUCCCAGGACUCCUCUUGCCUAGAUAUUUUGUCCAUGUCUAGUGUAUCUUUUGAGCAGAGUCUGGGGCUUCAUUCCCAGGACACCAGAGAGAUUUCACUGGCAUCUGCAACCCCAACACUGGCACAAUCCACAACUCAGAAAUUCUUAACCCAAUCAGCUACUCAGUCAACCAAUACAGUCAAUAUACAAGAUUACUGGGCUGAUCAUUUCCAGCUACAGCAGGAAUUUCAAGUGCCAUAUGUGCUGAUAGGCCCAGAGACUAUCCCUUUUUCAGGGGUUGAGGAGCCUAGUGUUCCAGCAAACCAUCAGGAGGUGAUGCAGAACAACGUCCAACUUGUGCACGGUGAUGAAGGCCAGCAAUCCUUGAACUCUGAGGACACUUUGCUGUCCCUGAACCCAGAGAUAGCUAACCUGACACAUCCUAUGGCCUUUCAAAUGGUCCUCCCCACAAACCUGCCAUUCCUUAGUCCAGAAGUGCUGAGACUUCUUGAGAUACAUGUGAAAAAAUGGAUGCAUUUCCAGAUGUGGGGGCUUCCCAGACGUGUUGAGGAGUCCUUGAGACAGCUUCUGCCAAACCCACCAUCUUAUUACCAGCCUGAAAACAACCAACCAUUUUCUUUCAUCCUAAAUAAUACCGCUCAGGUCUCUGUUCACAAAUUUGGAACUAUUUCCCACCAAACCUGGUGUUCAUGUAUGGUUGGCCAGCCCACCCAGACCUUCUGGGUUUCUGAAUGGUCCGUUAUGAACCCAGAAGAAAGGUACCACCAGCACAUUCCAAAACCUACGGAUCUAGCCUUGCCCUCUCCAGCACUUAAAGUCCUAAGUGGCCUCUAUCCACUACCUGGGGGACAGGCUAAUGACUCGGGGAGCCAUCCUCAGCAGAAAUGCAGCCAACUAUUCUGUGGCCUCCCUUCUCUGCACAUGGCCCCAGGGUCGAUCCCCAUGCCACACUUGUUUGCCCAAGUCAAGGCAAUAUUGCAGAGCCACAUUGACUCUAAGCGUGGACAGAUCCAACAGAGCAAGGUCCCUGCCUGUGUAUAUAACUCCUGGGACUAUACACUUCCUGGAGGCCUGGCAGUGGCUCUGAUCCCCUACGUUCCAGAAAGCCAACCCCUGGAGCUGCAGGCAGCAAGUGACCCUAACCUACAUCACAAUGUUAUGCCCUGUAUGCCAGCGGCCCUUGAUCAGCAGCAACAGGCCUUACCAGCUGCUGUCAGUGACCACUCUAAGCUGCCCCGAGCCUUGUCCAAGGAAGCCAUUGAAAAACUGGAGACAGCUUUACGUCACAAGUAUGUGGCCUUCUUGUCAGGGCUGCCUGCUCUCUAUUAUGUGACCCUCUCCAAGGCCAUAGCUCCCCAAAUCACUAGCCAAUCCGUAGUCACAGAGGUGGGGCCUGGGAAUAUUGAAAUCCCAGCAGAGCCUCCGACUCAGGUGAUCUCAUUAGAAGAACAGGGUAUAAGUCUUGGGCCACAAGUUGGAGAUGACAAUGAGACUUGUGCAGACAAUGCAGAAGAGUUCCAGCCUGAAGCGCAGGUGGAAGGAACGAGGGAGAUGGUGCCUCUAGAAAGCCAGACACAUCCUGCUAGCCUCCUCUCAUUCAAGACACAUAUGUUGGCCAAACUAAAUUACCACGUGAGGAAAAAGGUCCUAGAGAUACAACUGGGAAUUCCCAUAAGGGCAAGGGAGUCCAGAGAACAAGCUACGACAGUCCCAGAGAACAUAUCAACACAGGAGUCUCUCGGGAAUCUAAAUAAACAAGGAAAAAAAUUGCUGCAAGAACUGCCCCUCCCGCCAGAUACUCCUCAUGCCCCAGAUCCAGAAUGGGUCCACCUUAAGGAACAGCUGGCCACUGAGUUGAAGGCCGUGCAGCACAACCAAAAGCCACCUAGUUCCAAAUCAGUGCCCCACGGUUCUGCCCACUGGGCCUCCGAGGUCUCACAACCCAGUGGGGACAUGGCAGAAGCACAGGUGCUUUGUGUUCAGGUGGAGGCCAGUUUGAACAACCCCAGCCUGGAGCAACCCUGGCACCCUGAGCCCCAAAGCCCUGGCAAGAGCAAGGACUCAGCCCAUGUCCCAGUGCUGGCAGAAAAGACAGAGGACCCAGGAAAACCCAAAGCAGCAGGGGACUAUGGAGAAGGGGAUGCAGGGUUGGGGCUCUCCUCAACCAGAGAAGAAAGACAUCCUGCUGAAGAUCAGAAACCAGCAGGGAUGCUUCUGAACAGGACACUCCGAGGCUCCUGGCGAUGGAGCCAUAACUUUCAUCCUGCUGAUCCCUGUCGACGCAGCCUCCAGCAUCACGCUCAGCCUAAACUCCCAGAACUACCUCCAGGAGUCCCUGGGGGAAAACAAUCUGCGAAUGACCUGCAAGACAGUCAAACCGAGAUGAAUGUCAGCCUCGAAUCAGCAAGGAUUCCUGAGAAUGCCCAGCCUGUGGUGUCCCAGGCUUCACGGGGCCAGCCCUUCCUGAGUCAAGUAAUGCAGGGUAAGCAGUGGCGGGGCCAAACUUUGCAAGGUCAUGUAUUGCACGGGCAGGUGAUGCCAGCCCAUACUCACAAGAGGCCCAGCAUUCCAGAAUCUAACUUAAGAAAUAAGAUUAAAUCCUUUCUGCACUGUUUUAGCUCCAAAAUGAAAGGCAAAGGGCAUGAGGAAUCCAUGUUCUCUACAGCUGAGAAAGUGGUCAAAGCCAGAAAAGAAAAGGUUGAAAAAAGACCGGCUCCAGCCAAAAUCUCCAUGAGAAAAACUAAGACAGACAAGCCAACCGGGCAUCCCAAGGCCCAAUCUUUCCCCACUGAGAAGCCGGUGGGCCAGACCUCCUUGGAUGCUCCUCAUUCCCCUGACAAUAAGCUCCGGCUAUGCUCCAGACAUCGUGGCUCUUCAGUUCUGGGUCACCCCCGCCACUGCCCUCGGCACUGCCCUCGAGUGGCUUUUGCCACUCAACCAAGAAUCCCUACCUAG